AUGAUCCCCCACCCAGUUGACUCUUGCAAAAUUCUCCAUCCAAGCAAUUUAAAGAGAAGUGGAUCCCUGAAACAAUCACUUUGUCCGGUAAUUCACAAUCACAGAGAGAGAGAGAGAGAGAGAGAGAGAGAGAGAGAGAGAGAGAGAGAGAUGGAGUACAGGCAUUUCACCCACGAGCACAACUUGAGCCUCUACCAGGUGCAGCAAGGCCAAGAAUUCCGGUGCUCAGUGUGCGAGACAUUGUGCAAAGAAUGCAUGUACGCCUGCUGGCACUGCGGCUUCUUCCUCCACGACCACUGCGGCAACGCCAACCGUUUCAUCCGUCACCCCUCCCAUCCUCCCCACCCUCUCAUCCUCCUCCCUUCCCCCACCUACUGCGGCGGCGCCUUCCUCUGUAACGCUUGCGCAGCCCCUGGCACCGCCUUCUCCUACAGCUGCGCCCUCUGCGAGAUCGACCUCCAUCUCCGCUGCGCCUUCUUGCCUCCCGAGGUAACCCACAAAGCCCAUCAGCACAAGCUGAUCCUCAGCUUCAACGCAAAAGAGGCCAUUUCCGGUACAUGCAAGCUGUGUAACAAGGAGUUGCAGGCUCAGCAAUGGAGUUAUUGUUGUGUUAGAUGUAGUGGUUUUCGAGUGCACACGUCUUGCGCCACUGACAAGGUGAGGCCGGGGCUGUAUGUGGACGGCGAAGAAGAGCCGGGAGCUUCGCAGGGGCGGCCUCAGAAGGAGGAGCAGCAGCAGCUUGAACCAUCGGAAGAUGCAGUUGCCCAGUUGCUUAGGUAUCAGCUUCAGAUGCAGAUGGCGGAGCAGAUACUGGCUUCGUCGGAUUUGAAUUCCAAAUCCUGA